GAUCACAUGACAGCAACUCAUUUAGGCAUGUAGAUGUGGUUAUGUUGACCUGCUGAAAUUUAAACUAAGCAUUGGAAUUGGAAUGAUUGUUGGUGCCAGACCUGCUGAUCUUUAUUGACCAUGAAUUAAUUCGAGUGGUGACAUUUCAGAUGGGAAAUGCUUCAGACACGUCUGCUGUGUUUACCUCCACCGUCUCCAAGGAGCAUGACAUCUUCAUGGGUUCACUCUACAGCUUAUUCUGUAUACUGUCCGUCAUAGGCAACUCCACACUGCUACUUGUUGCUUAUCACAAGCGGUCAACCUUGAAACCAGCAGAGUUCUUUAUCAUCAAUCUCUCCAUCAGUGACCUUGGGAUGACACUCACUUUACUUCCACUGGCCAUACCAUCGGCAUUUUCACACAGGUGGCUGUUUGGAGAAACCAUCUGCCAGGUGUAUGCUAUGUGUGGAGUGCUGUUUGGUCUCUGCAGCUUGACAAACCUCACAGUGCUUUCCUUAGUGUGCUGCCUUAAAGUCUGCAUCCCCAACCACGGUAACAACUUCUCCUCGUCACAUGCCCGCCUCCUGGUGGCCGGAGUGUGGUGUUACGCAUCUGUGUUUGCUGUGGGGCCACUGGCACACUGGGGACAUUACAGUCUUGAGCCUUAUGGGACAGCGUGCUGCAUUGACUGGCACGCACCCAACUACGAGCUAUCAGCUUUGUCUUACAUUAUCUGCCUUUUCUUCUUUUGCUAUGUACUGCCCUGCACUGUCAUCUUCCUCUCCUACACUUUCAUUCUGCUGACCGUGCGGGGGUCACGUCAGGCCGUCCAGCAGCAUGUGUCACCACAGACCAAGAGCACCAAUGCACACACUCUCAUUGUCAAGCUGUCUGUAGCAGUGUGCAUAGGCUUCCUGGCUGCUUGGUCUCCAUAUGCUGUUGUGGCCAUGUGGGCUGCUUUCGGGGAUGCCACGCAAGUUCCUCCUGCUGCUUUUGCCCUUGCUGCAGUGUUUGCCAAGUCUUCUACCAUCUACAACCCUAUGGUCUACCUCCUGUGCAAGCCCAAUUUCCGCGAGUGUUUAUACAGAGACACUUCGAUGUUACGACAGAUGAUCUACAGGGGCAGUCCGCAGUCCGAGCCGAAAGAACGAUUCGGAUCCACAUCACAGCGCAACAAGGACAUGAGCGUCUCCACACGCUUUUCAAAUGGACAGCAGGAGAGCUACGGGGCGUGUCUGCACUGCACGGACAAUGCAGCUCUGUGUCAUGUGACACCCCAAAGGACUGCCUGCAUCCUGACUGGAUCCACCUACACAGAGGUGACAGUCGGCCAACUCUCAGCCAAACCACAGGCCGAGUUCCUCUAGUGGAACAGCCUGAUUCUUUCAUAAAGCAAACAAAGGACGACACAUGAUCAAAAAGACAAAGAGGUUAAUGAACAAUAAAGUCUCACUGAGACUUCACCACCUUUGCAAGGACCUUUCAUGUCAUCCUUUCUGAGUGACUCUUUCAUUGUGAAAUGAAAACAUGACACAAAAACUUCUUCUCAGAAGAUUUGCCGCAGAAAAGUAUACUUGCAAUGUCUUGAUGUCUACUUCUGUGUCAGCUUGUUUCCUGUUUCAUUUAAAUGUGCAGUAAUUUAACAGGAUUCCAAGAGAGCAGAAAAUGAGACAGCAGAACCCCCUCCAGCUUAAAGGUUAAUUAGGAAAAUGUGUACCUCAGUGUGCAUCAUGAGGAUAAACUAUGUUUAAUAUUCCACCAGCGCCAACGGAGUAUAUUAUAAGAGCGUAUUCCAGUCAAGGACUGUGAAAAAGAUUGUUUAGGUUUCUUUACAUUGAGGACCGUGAUGCUGUAUGUAAAGGGGUAUUCAACCUAAAAUGAUCAAGUAUUCACCGCCUGUAGGAGUGAAUGUCUGAUCUAAUGUUUUGUCCUUGUCAAUAGUGGGCUGUACUGUAACUGAGACAUAAAAUCAAACUGGCAGCUUCAGUUUUCUGGGAUGAACAACACAACCAAAUGUCCCCACUUCUUCCAGCCUACAGUUUCUUUGAGAGGUUUAAUGCUAGAGAGAGUGCUGUAAGCAGAAGAUCACUUCAGUCAAGAGGCCUGUACUUGCAGGGCUUCAGUGCAGCAUGUAACCUGCAGUCAUUUUCUAAACACAGACUGUUGAACAAAAUAGUUCCACAUUAAUUUGUACAUAAGUUUAGAUUUUUAUUUCAUAAAAAGCACUGCAUGUGACUCCCUUUGGUUUACAGAAACUCCCAUUUCAGUUGUGGGGCCUCUCUUCUGUUCUUGAUUUUAACUUAUUUAGAUCUUAGCAAACUAAUAUUAAAGGUAACCCACCCUGUUAAGAAAACUUAA